CGAUCACCGGGUGGCACCAGCACGAGUUCAGCCGGGUGCUCCUUGCUGCACCUACGACGGCUGCACCUACCUGCUUCCACUGGACUUCACUCCAUUCGCACGCACCCCCGUCUUGCGUACACAUCUUGCCUGCGCACAUCAUGCAGUCAAAGCUGACGGCGGUCGCGGGCGUGCUAGCUGCUAUCGCCCUCGCGCCAGCAUGGCACGGACAAUCCGUGGAGGCGACGGAGGUCAACCUUACGUGGUAUCCAUGUCCCUUUGAGACAGCGGAAGACCAGGCCCAUGACGAUCCCAAUGCGACACCAGCUGAAUGCGCCGACGUGGCGCUGCCGCUCUGCUAUCCUGGCGUCUGCGACUCGACCAAGACCAUCAGUGUGUUUGUCAAGAGGUUGCUUGCGGCGAAGCCUCCAGCCGACAAACAGGCCCGAGCACUGUGGAUGGUGCAGGGCGGACCAGGCUUUGGCUCGCCAAGUUUAGAACCAGGGCUUCUCGACGCGUACAAGGCGUUCAACGGCACAUUGAGCGUCUACACGAUCGACCAUCGCGGCACAGGGCGCAGCACGAUCUUGGACUGCACAACCAACUCCAACAAAUUAACUCGGUGGCAUGCCUUGGCCAAGUGCCACCAUGAAUUGAAGACGCUUUACGGUGGCAAUGGCGCAGCAGGCUUCUCCGUCACAAGUGCCGCGUCCGACUUGGCGGCGGUCAUGCAAGCGCCGUCGCUGUUUGACAGCACCGACAUCUUUGUCUAUGGCGUGAGCUACGGCACGUACACCGUGACUCGACUCAUGCACAUGCAGCCACCCAAUGUGAAGGGGUACGUGCUGGACAGCAUCCAGUCGGAGGAGUUUGGGUCGACGAAGGAUGCGCCGUACUAUUCCAACUGGGACCGAGAUGUGGGCGAUGCAGUCGACCAGUAUUUCGCCCACUGCGACAACGACUCGUUCUGUUCGUCCAAACUUGGCAAGCCGUCGUCGAAGCAAGCCCUUGUCGAUGUCUACAAUGCGCUCGAAUCCAGGACGAGCCCGUGCUACGACGUUCUCUUGUCCAAGGCAAACAUGUCCAACAUGGCGUCGCCCGCCGAGUACGUCGGCAGCACGCUGUACUCGAUGCUCGGCGACAAGAGCACGUGGUCACUCCUUGCGCCGUUCAUUUUCCGCCUUCGCCGAUGUAGUCAGGACGACCGCGACAUGUUUGGCAGGAUGACCACCCUAGACGACAGCGACGCCAGGAUGAAUCUGUUUUUGCCGCCAAGACGCGGCGGGUCCGCGUACUUGAAAGCUGAAGGGUUCUCGUCCGUGUUGUACAACACGAUUGUGUUUAGCGAAUUGUGGCAACGGCCGUCGCCAACGAUGGACGCGAUGGCGAACGACACGAAGAACGCGCUCUUCGGAUCCAAGAACGCCAACGGUCUCCAUGACACGUUUCAAGAGUACUGCGUGUACGUCCAGAACAGCGACGCUGUCUGCCAGGGCUACCCCGUGUACAGCGGCGGCGGCUUUGUGUAUCCCCGCGACGCAUACUGGAACAAAACGGCGUCGAUUCCACCGGGCGCGUCCGCGAUGCUGCUCAGUGGCCUCAUGGACCCUGCCACGCCACCCAAGUAUGCACAAGACCAGUUCACCAACAUGAAAGGCACAGACAAAGUGUUGUUGCAAUUCCCGUUUGGGGGCCAUGGCACCCUCAGCACGACGCCGUUGGUGGACCAGCCCAACGUCGACUGCGCGAAUGCCAUUUUUUACCAGUACAUGCGAAAUCGAGGCAAGUUGCACGGCCUCGACACAACGUGCGUCGACAAAGUCCAAACGCUGGACUUCAAGAAGGUCCUCAACGCAGACCGCGCCAAUGCGAUCUUUGGCUCUGACGUCGACGUGUGGGGCCCCGACUCGCCUCCUCUUCCUCCCGUUCAACAAAUGACCCAACCUCCAUUGACGAGGACACCUACAUCGACGAACAGCGUUCUCGCUCAUGCGUUCGUGUCAGCCGUGGUCGUACUCCUACUGUUGCUUACUCUGUAAUACCUCCUCCGUUCAAACAAGCAGGGCGGCUGUCGAUUUGAACCGCUUCGAUUCCAUGUAUUCGGACCGUGUUGGGAGCUCCACCACGAGUCCCAGCUCCCAGAGCAGGCUUCCACCUCGCCACCGCCCUUCCACCAAUCCCCCCUGGUCGCUUGCAUGCUUGGCACUUGCUUCUCAC